AUGGGUUUAAGUGACAUCCCUGCGAAUAACGACUACCGUGAGUGGGGUCAGUUGUUGGCUUCGAAAGCAUCUAAGGCCUGUGGGGAGGCGAAUGUCUUAAAGACGGCGAAGUACUCGAUGGGUAUAGAUGUGUUCAACGGUUUGAGGCACGACAAAAGCGUGGAGAAGAUGGUGGGUUGGUUGACAAGUGUGUCGAGUAGGACGAGUUACCUAAACACACGUUGGUACAGCAUAUUCCUGUUGGUUGUGUGCGUGUGCAUUUUGAUUUACUGUGUGGUGGUGGCUUGUGCUGUGAGUAGCAAAGUUCGAACGGCUUAUAGUAAGGCGUUUUGUGGCCUAUUUGGAGAUGUGGGUCAGCGACCGCGGCUGACCCAGAUCCGGAGAGGCACACGUCUUCGUCUAGUUUCUUUCGCGUUUCUUGGCUUGGUGAUUUUGGCUGUGUCCGGUGCGUUCGGAUUUAAGGCGAGUCAUCAGGUCAUGGAUAGUCAACGCGUCGUCAACUGUAAUCUCUGGGCGCAGCUGAAUGGACAUUUCAAUGGGGCGUUGAAUUUGGAUGCCGGCGACAUUCGGGAGAUCAGCAACAACUGGCUGGGGACGCUACCCAUUAGAGACCUACUGACCAGUCUUGAUGGGAAGACCGUCGGCGGCCCGGAGAACAGCAUUUACUUGAAGCUGAGUGCAGGACGUGAUCAGCUCAAGGCCAAUUUGACGGAGGCCCAGGAGGUAAUGACUUUGGCUCUAGAGAAGGCCGGUAAUUUGACCGCCGACUGGUCCACUGAAAUAACGAAGCAAUCGACGGCGCUGAAGAAGCUGGACGCUUUCGGGCCGAACAAAAGAGUGGGCAAUCGAAAGACUUUCGACAUGACGCUAGGCAUCCAGCAGGUCUUUGAAGCUAAACAUGAUGCGUUCAUCACACAACUGGACGAAGCACUCACACAAACAUGGAACGUGACCGAAUCACUUAUCAACAAGUACGCCGGUACCGGCUCAGCUCUGAUGAGUAAAGCUAACCGUGCUGUACAAAGCACCAAAACAACUGUCAACCAGAUCGAUCGUGCGUUUGCCAAAAUGGUGACCAUGUGGAACAAGUAUAAUGGCAAGGUCAAGGCACUGAUGCAAGCCGGGGCUGUCUUGGCGGCUCUCGGUAUCGCCUUUGGGCUUACCGGUGCUUUAAUAGCGGUCCUGGCGAGUUGGAAGUUGGGUCAUGACAUUAAGAAGAACAUAAUGCCCAAACGCUCGGCAGUGAUAGCGUGGAAAGUUGCGUAUGUGUUUACCGUGAUUGCUGCAGGCAUAAGUGCUAUCGCACUAGGGAUUGAAUUCCUAACUGCGGUUAUCGGUCGAGAUGCAUGUGACACGGCGAGUAACGAAUUGUUAACAGAAGGGAACUGGGGCCUGUUGCCGAAGGAAAUGUUGCACCCCGUACCAGAUGAUGAGGAGGUGUAUAUGCCCUUGGUCUAUGACGUGUGUGUCAAACGUGGUGGUUACGGCACAAUUGGUAUGAGUCUGGGACUGGAUGAACCGAUUGCGACUUUGACUGAAGACGUGGAUGUGGCCUUGGCCGACAUCGACGGACAACGUGAAGGCCUAUUGGAACGGAAUCGGCGUUACGUACAGAUUCAUUCUAUAGGUAUCAUGCUGCGAGAAAUGCUUCGCGGAUUCGUGCCCAAGAAGGCCUACGAAGCCGCGGACAGAAACGUCAUGCCUAUUCGCACUUUUGACAAACUAGCAAGUGUUACUCUGGAAGGUCAUCAAUCGGACACCCAGGGUUUACGAUACAUGCUUGGUAUCAUUCCCUACUGGACCGACCCCGCCGUACUCGUAGUCGGAGCGAUGCCUUGGGGCCAAAACCUCGCCUCGCUCGAAGAUGCCUACAACCUCUUGAAUGACCUCUCGGACAAGGCAAUGGCAGCCAACUCAAAGUCCCCAAUGCCUAGGUUCUGUGGUCAGUUCGCACGAAGUCACAACAUGACCUGCAGCACCCUUCCCGACGACGACGGAACAGGCCGCGUGGUCGUGGACCUAGCCAACUUGGAGACAAAUGCUGAUAACACUCUGGCCUGGGUUCAACAACUAGACACCGAUGUGCCAGUGUACAAUGGUCACUACGGCAAUACCACCCAGCGUUCAUGGAAUACCCUCGAAAGCACUCGCUUCAUGGAAAUACUCGCCGCAAGCACACCUAUCACCGAAGCCAUCCUCAACAGGACCUGCGAUGCACCAGAACCUAAUGCGUACCCUACACACGGCUACACCUUCAAUCCACGAAACAAGGGACGCAGACAACUUGAGGCCGAAGAUGACGUUAGUACAGACGACGACGACACGCCUUCGUGCACUGUUGGACAGGUGCGCGAUGUCGAUUUGGUCAACUUCGAAAAUUACUUCAACUCGUUUUACGCGUCAUACAAUGGAGUGGUGGCCAACGUGGACGAGUAUGUUGACGGAUUAGUAAAGCCAAGUGUCACCGAGUUGGUGGAUGAGGCCAACUCGAUUUUGACGCGAACCAACUGUCAAUUCGAAGGCACGACACUGGAUAAGGCUGUGGUCGACCCCAUGUGUAACUCGCUCUUUCCCGGGUCGACAGUGCUCAGUAUUAUCCUCACAAUCACCACCGUCGUGCUAGGUCUACUCGCCGCACACAUCUGGCAUUGGACGCACUACGUCAUUGAUAUCGUUAACGACUACGAGAAGAACCCCUCCUCCUUCGAACAGUUGGCAUCCAUGAAAAACAGACCCGACUACAUCAGCUACUCCGGCAUGCCCUCCGUCAACCAACCCAACGCUGAGAAACAAGCUGAAAAUCAACAAGUGGUCAAUCAACGUGCACCCCCCGUGGCGACUCCCACAAACCUUGGACCCGAGCGCCAGGACGUGCUCCAGGACGACCUCGCACCCGUCGUUACGGAACUUGAAGGAUCACACACCGCGUCACCUCGGUCAUCAGCCGAGGGCUCGCCCGUCAUGAGAAAAGCGGUCUACAACGGCGCCUCAGAGCUGGAACCUGCCCGCAAUGGUACCUACAACGCACCACACCCUGUAGCGGAGGAUAGUUUUGUAACCAUUGAGGGAUACGAGUGA